GCUCUUGAAGCCCGUCUUGCAAGAGACCUACAGUCAACAGUGCAAGAAGGAACUGGUUUCUUAGAUAUUAUGAAACUAAUAUGAAACUGCCUGGAAGACCAUUGCCAGGGAACUUGACAGUAGCUCACUGUUCAGCUGAAAGAAUUUAUCAAGUGGCUGCUGCAGCUCUGAUGAGAAGCAAUAUGUGUAUGGAGGCUGGGCCUGGGCUUGGUGGUGCAUUACUGACACCCAAAGGAUUUCCCUAGAGAUAAUGACGUUACAACCCAGGUGUGAGGACGUAGAGACGGCGGAGGGGGUAGCUAUAACUGUCACAGGUGUGGCACAGGUAAAGAUAAUGACCGAGAAGGAGCUCCUGGCUGUGGCCUGUGAGCAGUUCUUGGGGAAGAACGUGCAGGAUGUGAAGAACGUGGUCCUGCAGACGCUGGAGGGACACCUGCGCUCCAUCCUAGGUACCCUGACAGUGGAGCAGAUCUACCAGGACAGAGACCAGUUUGCCAAGCUGGUGCGGGAGGUGGCAGCUCCCGACGUGGGUCGCAUGGGGAUCGAGAUCCUGAGUUUCACCAUCAAGGAUGUCUAUGAUAAAGUGGAUUACCUGAGCUCCCUGGGGAAGACUCAGAUUGCAGCUGUCCAAAGGGAUGCAGACAUUGGAGUGGCAGAAGCCGAGCGGGAUGCUGGCAUUCGGGAGGCAGAGUGCAAGAAAGAAAUGCUGGAUGUCAAGUUCAUGGCAGAUACCAAAAUAGCGGAUUCCAAACGGGCUUUUGAGUUGCAGAAAGCUGCCUUCACUGAGGAGGUCAACAUUAAGACUGCAGAGGCCCAGCUGGCCUACGAGCUCCAGAGUGCCCAGGAGCAGCAGAAGAUCCGUCAGGAGGAGAUCGAAAUCGAGGUGGUGGAGCGCAAGAAGCAGAUCGAGGUGGAGGAGAAGGAGGUGAUCCGGAUGGAGAAGGAGCUGAUGGCCACCGUGAAGCAGCCGGCCGAGGCCGAAGCCUAUCGCAUCCAGCAGAUCGCUGAGGGCGAGAAGGUGAAUAAAAUCCUCCUCGCUCAGGCUGAGGCAGAAAAGAUCCGCAAGAUCGGAGAGGCCGAGGCUUUUGUGAUCGAGGCUGUUGGGAGGGCAGAGGCUGAGGGGUUGAAGCUGAAAGCAGAAGCACUCCAGAAGUAUGGAGAAGCUGCCCAGCUGGCUCUAGUGCUGGAUGCACUGCCCGAGAUCGCUGCCAAAGUGUCUGCUCCCCUCUCCAAAGUGGAUGAGAUCGUUAUUCUCAGUGGAGAGAACGGCACCUUGUCCAAUGUGAACCGUCUCCUGGCUGAGAUCCCUGCCUCCGUGCGUGCCAUCACUGGUGUGGAUCUCACAAAGCUUCCUCUGUUCCAGAAAGCCACUGAGGCUGAGAAAUGAGGUUGGCCAACCCAAAGCUAGUGAAGAUCACUCCCUGUUAUGCACUCAGACAUCAACUGCCUUCUACACGUGGGAAUUCCUUUUAUAUCAAAGACAAUCCGAGUUUCGUUUGUAACUGGUGCCUUAUUUUGUAGGGCCAGAAAGAUGCAUGUCCUGUCUGCUGCUCUUUUUAUUCCAAGGCUGAGAGAGAAUUUAUUUUCUGAUUAACUUUGUGUUGUCUCAGGCCAAUCCCAUCCCCAGUUAUGACUGGCAACUUGUCUGGUGUUGCAGUCCCGGUGCCUUGCUGUUCUCUGCCCUGGGGUGAAUACCUGGGACUUGGAGCAGAGGCUUGGGAUGGGGAGUUUUAGGAAGAGAACCAGGACCCCCCUGUCCUGGGCUCCUUGUCCUCUCUCUGUGACCCUCCUGGGCCAUGUCCCAGCCCUACCUCUGCCCACAGCUGUCCCUGUGGCUGGCUCUCCCUGUCCGUGUCUCACCCCCAGGGCCCCCACAGUGCCAGCAGCCCUGCCCAGGCUGGGUGGGUGGCAGUCAACCCCCCAGCAAGGUGACAAUCCAGCACUAGCAGUGCGUGCUGCCCCUCGCAUGCUUGGGGAAUUUUCCCCUUAGGAUCUGAAGCAGGGAGAGCUUCAGGGGACGGAGGGAACCCAGCUCAGCCCUGGUGAGAUCUCGCCACCACGAAUACCAAAAAAGUAGCUCUGUGCCAAAGCCACCCAUCCCCUGAGAGGGCAGUGAAGCUGCUGUGGCUGCUGUCCCCAGGUGAUGUGGCACUUCCUGACCCCACAGCUACUCAAGCAGUAGGUCAGAGGUGGUGGUGGCCAGCAGGACACUGAGGUGGGGACAGGCUCCUCCGGCACAGCCUGUACAGCUGCCCCUGCCUCCCUCCCUCCUCCUGCCUCUUACGGCCAGUUGCUUUUCUGCCUUGUGACAAUGUGAAAGAGAUUGUCCUCCGUGUGUGCCCGUCCUCCCCGCAGUGCCACCAGAGCCCUGUGCUGGCCAGUGCCCCUUCCCUGCGUGUCUCCAUGCCUGUGUUCCGUGUGGCUGGCACAGCCAGACCGGUGUGUGAACCUGGCACUGCUGCGGGUGAUGGCCUUUGGGGGUCCGGCACCCACAGCUUAGUGUCCCCACCCCGUGCCACAGGGCGGCUGCAGGUCCCUGCGGCGCAGUCCUUUGCCAGGAGUGACCCAUGGCGGGUGCUGGGUGCCGCGGGCCCCCCGUGCCCUCCCUGCCGCCGGGGCGGGGGCAGCGGCGGUAUCGGCGUUAUCAGCCCCCGGCUUGCGCUGGCCCGC